GAAGCAGUUCAACCGCAUGCGCCAGCUGGCCAACCAGACGGUGGGCAGGGCAGAGAAGACUGAAGUUCUGAGCGAAGACCUUCUUCAGGUGGAGAAGCGCCUGGAGCUGGUGAAGCAAGUGUCCCACAGCACGCACAAGAAGCUCACCGCGUGUCUGCAGGGCCAGCAGGGGGCAGAGGCUGACAAGCGCUCUAAAAAGUUGCCUUUGACCACUCUGGCUCAGUGUCUGAUGGAAGGCUCAGCCAUCCUGGGAGAUGACACCCUUCUUGGGAAGAUGCUGAAACUCUGCGGAGAGACAGAGGACAAGCUGGCUCAGGAGCUGAUACAUUUCGAGUUGCAAGUGGAAAGAGACGUGAUUGAGCCCCUGUUUCUGCUGGCUGAGGUGGAAAUUCCGAACAUUCAAAAGCAGAGAAAGCAUUUGGCAAAGCUGGUCUUGGACAUGGACUCUUCCCGAACCAGGUGGCAGCAGACUUCCAAGUCCACAGGGUUGUCCAGCAGCCUGCAGCCUGCGGGUGCCAAGGCUGAUGCCCUCAGGGAAGAGAUGGAGGAGGCGGCCAACAGAGUGGAGAUUUGCAGGGACCAGCUCUCCGCUGACAUGUACAGUUUUGUCGCCAAAGAAAUUGACUAUGCAAACUACUUUCAAACGCUAAUAGAAGUACAGGCUGAAUAUCAUAGGAAGUCACUGACCCUGCUGCAGGCUGUGUUGCCUCAGAUUAAAGCCCAGCAAGAGGCCUGGGUUGAGAAGCCUUCCUUUGGGAAACCGUUGGAGGAGCACCUUACCAUCAGUGGCCGCGAGAUCGCCUUCCCCAUCGAGGCCUGUGUGACGAUGCUGCUGGAGUGUGGGAUGCAGGAGGAGGGCCUUUUUCGAGUAGCGCCCUCUGCUUCCAAGCUGAAGAAGCUGAAAGCUGCGCUGGACUGCUGUGUGGUGGAUGUGCAGGAGUACUCAGCAGACCCCCAUGCCAUCGCAGGAGCUUUGAAAUCUUACCUCCGAGAGUUGCCAGAACCUCUCAUGACCUUUGAACUCUAUGAUGAGUGGAUCCAAGCCUCCAAUAUCCAGGACCAGGACAAGAGGCUCCAGGCUCUGUGGAAUGCUUGUGAGAAACUACCCAAGGCCAAUCACAACAACAUCCGAUACUUGAUCAAAUUUUUAUCCAAGCUGUCCGAGUAUCAAGAUGUAAAUAAGAUGACUCCCAGCAACAUGGCCAUUGUCUUAGGACCCAAUCUCCUGUGGCCACAAGCGGAGGGGAACAUCACUGAGAUGAUGACCACGGUUUCACUGCAGAUUGUGGGGAUCAUAGAGCCCAUCAUCCAACAUGCAGACUGGUUCUUCCCUGGAGAGAUAGAGUUCAACAUUACAGGCAACUAUGGGAGUCCGGUCCACAUGAACCAUAAUGCCAACUACAGCUCCAUGCCCUCCCCAGACAUGGACCCUGCCGACCGGCGCCAGCCCGAGCAGGCCCGCCGGCCCCUCAGUGUCGCCACGGAUAACAUGAUGCUGGAAUUUUACAAAAAGGAUGGCAUGGGCGUGAGGGUCAUGGACACGUCUUGGGUGGCUCGAAGAGGCUCCUCUGCCGGCCGGAAAGCAUCCUGCGCCCCGCCCUCCAUGCAGCCUCCUGCCCCGCCUGCCGAGCUGGCUGCACCCCUGCCAUCACCCCUGCUGGAGCAGGUCCCGGACAGCCCCGCUGCAGCUCCUGUGCUCUCCCCAUCUGUUGCUGGCCUGCAGCCCACGCCUGAGCGCCCCAGUACAUCUAAAAGCAAGGAAUUGUCUCCGGGAUCUGGUCAGAAAGGAAGUCCAAGCUCCAGCCAGGGGACAGCUUGUCCAGGUUCACAGCCAGGGCCACAACCAGGUACCAGUCCGAGCCAGCCACCCGCAGACCAGAGUCCCCACACUCUCCGGAAAGUUUCAAAGAAGCUGGCACCAAUUCCACCCAAGGUUCCUUUUGGCCAGCCAGGGACAGUGACUGACCAGUCCACCGGCCAGCCAUCCCCAGUCAGCCUAUCUCCUACUCCCCCAAGCACCCCAUCUCCCUAUGGACUGAGUUACCCUCCAGGAUACUCCUUGGCCUCUGGCCAGCUCUCCCCAGCUGCAGCUCCUCCUCUGGCCUCUCCUUCCAUUUUUACAAGCACUUUAGCCAAAUCAAGGCCCACCCCAAAGCCACGACAGAGACCCACCCUACCGCCACCGCAGCCUCCCACGGUCAGCCUCUCAGCCUCCAGCCCUCAGUCCACGGAGCACCCCAUGCUGGAUGGCAUGACCCCAGGGGAAAGCAUGUCUACAGAUCUUGUCCACUUUGAUAUCCCCUCCAUCCACAUAGAGCUGGGGUCAACACUCCGCCUGAGCCCCCUGGAGCACGCAAGGCGACACUCGGUGACUGACAAGAGGGACUCAGAGGAGGAAUCGGAGAGCACAGCCCUCUGAUGCAGCCCCCGCCCCAGCACCUGUACAGAUGUGGGCCCGGGGAAUAUGCCGCCAGGAGCAGCGUCCCUGAGCUUGCCAAGGAUCCUCUGUGGGUUCCUUUGCCGUCACUUCCAACUCCAGGUUGGAGUCUGGCAGGAGAGCACAAUCUCCGGUCCGUGUGGCAGAUGUUGGUGGUGCCGAUUUUGUUCAUUCCUAUUGGGUGGUGACUUCAGCCUUUUGUUUGAUCUUUGCCUUUUGACUUCGUGCCUAUUUCUGAUCAUCUUCAGCUUCCCUGCUAAGCAACACCCAUCUCCUCCCCAGGGCUGUGCAGGGUGGGGGUGCAGGAGAGGGUAAGCUACACCCGAGGGUGCUGCCACAGCACUUGUGCUACACCUGCAGGGACAGAUGCUGUCAGGUCCUACAGCACCCACCCAACAGCCAGAGAAGUGAGGAAGGAGGGGGUACCAGGGCUAGAGAUGCACACUCCUGAUUCCUAUCCUCCUUCACUUGAUGCUCAGGGGAGGGCUGGCUCAUGGAAAAUACCUUUGAGGCUACCCUUAAUCAUAGGGACCCAAAGCUAAUGGCUUAAAGCAUUCAUUUCCUGGCACUUUUAUUCCUCUUGCACCCCCCCCAAGUUACUAAAAAGCCCUUAUACUCAUUGUUUUGUGCUUCUGAGUUGAAUAAAGAAGUAUCCUGAGCAUGUCUGGAGGAUCCCAGGUAGCUCCUCAUGGCCCCCCUCAAAACUCAUUAGAUGUCGAACAGUCAUUUUGCCCAUCCAGGCACUAAGCUCCUAGCAAAGUGGGGGCCUGGAGCCCAUCUCUCCCUUCUAGAGGUUACAGCUGACUAGCAAUAAUUCUGUUUACCCCAAGGUAGAUAGAGGGAAGUGAAACGAGUCCAGCCGCGGGCCACACGUGGCCUGUGGGGCAGACCACUCACUCCCCCAGCUCCUGCCACGCAACGCUCAGCUCAUCCCCCUCACGAAAACAGCCAGCUCUGCAGGGUUGGCCAGAGGGCGCCGGGAAGCCCACCUGCACUUUGGGGUUAAGGGAGUGAGAAACAGAUCUGGGCCAUGCAUGCAAAGUCCAAGUUUAAAGUUUUAUCCUUUUAAAAUAAGAUAUAAUAUACCUAUACAUGAUAUAAUAUUUGUAUAUAUGAGAUCUCUCUAUAUUUGUUUAAUUUGAGCCAUUCAAUCUAAAUCAGUGUACAGGUGUACAAUGAAAAAUUUAAAUGCUUAGUUAUUUUUUUUUUUCCCCAACAGUGUAAAGUCACCCUUCUCUGAGAGCAGGAUUGGCAAAGAGUUUUGAUGUUACAGCUUUGCUCACUUCCUGGCAAGGGCAAUUCAAUCCCCAAUUUGUAUCGGAGCCCAGGGGUUGAAGGUUAUCUUUAAAUACAUGUACAAAUCAUUGUCAAAACUGAUGUUAUUAAAAUAGAUUUAUUAUCCCUGAGCUCAGUGUAUGCCCUUGUUUGAAUGCAGCUGUGGGGAA